UUUAAGACCACCGCCACCUCACCACCCCCAGCCCUACUUUUAUGACCAUAUAACACAAACCACUUAUAUUCAUACUCACAGUCAGUUUCACAAAUGCUGCAUGAACAGGCAAGACAAAGGAUAAACCAUCCGCUACCAAACCACAAAGCAACAUGUGUCUGUUGAAAACGUGCAUCUUUGCCCUCCUCCUGCUGUCUCUCCCUCAGUCGACAAAUCAGUCAUGCAUAGAGGGGUCACCAAAACAGUGCCUAGAUGCAGAAUUUGCUCCAGGUACCAAUUUGGCAGGCGAAGGCUUCGACAUUACCAAAAUGGAACGUAAAGGGGCCUUUGUGAUCGACAUGAAUAAGUGGAAAAACAAGGACAAGAAAUGCACUCUGUGUACGAACACCUUUCUGGAAAACAAACUGCAAAAGCUGCCCAUGGCAGUGGUAGACUGGAGAGCAAUACAGUCCUGCAACAGCAAAGUGGUCAGUAAACUCCACAGAUCCAGUGAGUCUCUGGUCAGUUCCAGCACGUCUUCUGUUGAAAACAACUGGCAGGCCAACCUAGAUGUUAAUGUGGGUGAAAAAGGUGGCUCAGUGAUGCUUGCUGGCACCCAUUCCAAAGUAGCCGAGUACUCCAUGCAAAAAACUAAGAAUGACAAAUUCGGCUUCACAAGCCAGGGCAUGGCGUGUGAGUACUACAGCUACAGGGUGUCCAGCUCUCCGAAGUUGCACAGAGAAUUUCGACAAGCAGUGAAGGAUCUCCCAAAAGUCUACAGCCUCGAAUACAAGCAACGAUUUUACAAACUGAUAGACAACUUUGGCACCCAUUACAUCACCAAGGUGAAACUGGGAGGAAGUGUUCAAACUGUGACCAGCAUCAGGCAGUGCCAGGCCAGCCUUCAGGGCCUUAGCUUGGAGGAGGUUAGUAUGUGCCUGGACGUAGAGGCAUCUGCCAGCGUCAAAGUGGCUACGAUGGCGGCUCAAUCAAAACAUUGCAAGUCCGACAUUAACAAGAUGGAAAACCAGAAAUCUUUCUCCAGCCUCUACAAUGACAGGUUCACAGAGAUAAAGGGUGGCCAUACGACAGAGCCAGACUUACUCUUUUCUGCUGACAAAGAUCCAUCUGCCUACAAGGAAUGGCUUAAUACCAUACCACAGAAUCCAGACAUAAUCUCAUACUCCCUUGAUUCCCUUCAUGAAUUAUUGCCUAGAAACACCCCUGUCCGGAAGAACCUGCGCUCUGCUAUCAGCCAUUACAUCCUGGAGAGAGGCUUGUGGAAGAACUGCAGUGAACGCUGUCAGGCGGGGAUCAAGAGUGACGCGAGGGAUUCCUGUGUCUGCCAAUGUCACAAUGACCCGGCUGUAAACCAAGAGUGCUGCCCGACCCGUAAGGGCAUGGCGCGGAUAAUCAUAACUGUGCAACGGGCUUCAGGUCUAUGGGGAGACCACUCAACGGCAACAGAUGGCUAUGUUAAGGUUUCCUUCAAUGGGCAAAUGGUCCGCCGUUCUCCUGUCAUUCAAAACAACAACAACCCACGCUGGGCCAUGAUCGUUGACCUUGGUGCCCAGGAUUUGUCAGAAGGCGGUAAAGUGAGAUUUGAAGUGUGGGAUCAGGACAACAACUGGGACGAUGAUCUGUUGGGACAAUGUGAGCAUGCUCUGUCCGCAGGAGUUAAGGAGGAUCUUUGCACCCUGCAGCAUGGACAACUCUUCUUUAAAUGGGAGAUAACAUGCGCUCCGAGUCUGACUGGAGAUUCAUGCAUGGACUACAAACCGUCCCCCAUGAGUCAAAGUCUGCAGAAGAUGUAUGUUUCUCGUCAUUCCCACCCUGUUCCAGAGGCCAUUUUGUUGGAGAAGGGUGUGUUCGUGGACAACUCAAGCUCACAUAGAAACCAAAGCCACAGUACCGAUAGUUAAGAGGCUGGUGGGUUAAAAAGCCUGGGAUGCUUACACAGAAAAAUAACUCUGUAUGUGUAUUGAUGGGCUGUUUUCAAGCGAAACCCAUACCUGUAACUGAAUCCAUCCUGCACAUAGAGAACAAUGUGUGUGUGUGUGUGUUUGAGCAUUUGCUAGCCUCUUGAUGAAGCUUAACUCAGUUGUGUAAGACAAAAUCCUUCUGCAUUUGAAUUGUUUGAAAUGCAUUUCAAAUGUUUAAAUCACACAUAUAGCCGGAAUAAAAGCAGUGGCAAAAAAUAAACUUGUCAUUCUCUAUUUAGCCAGUUAUAGCAAAGCAUGUGCAAUUUAUAAUAUGAAGGUUCUUUCAGUCUUCAAAUGAUAGCUUGAUUUAUGUAGAAUGUAAUAAUAAACUUGCUUAUCAUGAUAUCAAUCGUUUUUCUUGGCAAAUAUAUAAUAACUUAAAGUGUGUGUAAUGCUUCAGAUGUUUUGUGUUGUUCAGUCACUUUGUAGCAUUUUACUGUCAAUACAAACAUCAUGUAGUGUGUUUGAUGUUUCCUAACAAUAUUGCUUAAUAAAGUAUUAUCUUGUCUCUUAUCUUA